GCUAUUUCGAGCUGGCACCCAACACUCAAAAACCUACAUGACAUACGGAUAGACCGUGAAGGAGUAUCAGUAGUUCUGAGGCUCCAUCUCGCAUCCCAGACACGCUCGCUCUCAGACAGAUACCGCUUCGCAUCGGCAAAAUGGCUGCUCCAUUAUUCUCAAUGCAACCGCACACCCGCAAAAUGCGAGGACAGGAAAUUUCGACUGAGAGAAACCAUGUGCCAACCCACCGCAGGCCAUCUAUCUGGCGACGACGCUCUGAUGGACCCACAGAGAAAUUCAAAUCAAUGCCUGUCCACAGGGUUGUCGAAUUGCAUGGCCUCGAGCUGCGAGCAGCAACACCAACAGCACCUCAAUUCUCAAUAGCAACAGCGGUGUCUGUACGGAUAUGCAAGGCCUCCCUCCCCCCACAGGCAUGUAUCUGUAGUGUAGCUGCUCGCAAGACUCGCCUAGCCGCUAAAAUCUUCAGCCAUGGCUUCACUGCCGUCCCUGUCCCUUCACAAUCCAGUCUUGGAGGACAAGAGAAAUCGACCAAGCGGCCAACGGCCAGUGCGUAUCCCGUCAUGUUCUAUUAUCGUUUCUCACCACUGGCGCGCCUCACGGCUCUUCCUCGCUCUGAUUAAGCCUUCUCGAUCACCUCUAGGAGCCCAGAGACAAGAGUCAACACGAUGGUACUCUGCGCUUCAGGCACCCCAGGCACAGGAC